AUGAAAUCUGCUGGUGCUAAGAGAUCCUCCAGGUACAUAUGGUGUAUCAAGCCAUGCUGGGCACAAUCCCAAGUCCCGCUUGGCCGAGUACCACGGGGGCUUGGGAAUGUGCCCAGGGGGCUUGAUUGGGCAACUUGCGCGGGGCUCGGAUCUUGGCACACAGCCAAGUCCCGCUUGGCCGACCCCAAGCGCUGGGCCAAUGGGAUCAUUGACAUCCCUCAAAGGCAACGCUUCACCAUCAAGGAGCGCUCAACAAAAGCCAGAUCCUUGGACUCUCAGGGAGCUUCAACAACUCAAAUGGUUUGGGUGGUGGGUGGUUUUGGCUCGGGUGGCACCCUCACUUGGGCUCGGCCAAGCGAGGCUUUGUCCCGACCCCCACCAACUUUGGCAUCAGCCAAGCGGGGGCUGGGAGAGUGCCAAGGUGGCUUUAGGUUGUGCCACGCGCGCUUGGGGAUCGGCCAAGCACGCUUGGCUUGUUUUUUGCCCAACUUGGGCAUGUGCCCAGCGGAACUUGAUACACCAUGUGUACCUCAAAGGAAGGCAUAUGCUCUCAGUAGAGGACUUCCUUGGUGCUACAGGCAGACCGAUGUUGCGAUGCUGCUUUUGGUGAGACUGUCUGCGGUGUUUGGAAAUUGGAUCAACUUUGCCCGGGCCGUGGUUCUCCCGCUCCGACCCGAUGUGUCAUCAUCACCAAGGAUGAAACCAACAAAACCAUCAAUCAACAUGAUCACCCUUACUUGCCGGCUCAGAGCCACUUCUCAAUCGAUCUCACGCUACCAAGGCCAAGCAAAAACAUUCGGGAGCUUGAUCAGCUCGCAAGUAGCUGCUAGUCCAGCCGGGACGAGCGGGAAGAAGCCAUCAUCAGCCGAGACGGGGGCCUUCAAAGGUUUCAAGCUACCCGACCAGACCUACAAGGUGACCCUGAUACCAGGGGAUGGGAUCAGCCCAGAGAUCUCAGAGUCGGUCAAGGCGAUCUACUCGGCGGCCAAGGUACCGAUCACAUGGGAGGAACGUGUCGUAAACCCGGUGAACGUCGAUGGCCGGUCGACGAUCUCGCAGGAUGUGAUCGGCUCGAUUCACCAGACUACCGUCGCUCUCAAAGGUCCUCUCGCCACCCCCAUCGGAAAGGGCAAUGUCUCAUUCAAUCCCACCCCCCGUCGGACCUUAAAACCAUUCGCUAACGUCAGACCUUGUCGGUCGAUCGACGGCUUCAAAAACCCUUACGACAACCUCAAUAGCGUCCUGAUUCGCGAAAACACCGAAGGUGAAUGCUCAGGUAUCGAGCACGAGAAUGUAGCUUUUUCUACCAAUCGACCUACCAAUGCUACUGCUCUAGAGCCACUUGGCCACCAUUCAUUGAAGCCGAAGACGACAUUCCUAGCUGGCAGUUUCCAAUCAAUCUUUGGACUUACGAGGUCGGUAAACCAUUCCCUUGGGGGACUGUCCCAUAUUCCUGACAUAGGAUUUGGGCUGCAGAUCAGGACAGCCACAAAAAGAGCUGGAGGAUCAACAAAGAACAACCGUGGUUCGGCUGGUCGACGAUUGGGAGUGAAAAGAUUUGGAGGUCAAAAGGUCGAACAAGGAGAAAUUAUCAUUCGCCAACGUGGACAAAGAUUUCAUCCGGGUCAAGAUGUCUAUAUCAGUAAAGACCACACCAUUCAUGCAGCAAUCCCUGGCUAUGUGAAGUUCUAUCAAGACCCGCGUGGAGAUCAUGUUGGGUAUAGAGCUUUGAGUCUGAGGCGCCAAGGAAUGAGGAAGUUUGUAGGAGUGGUUGCGGAUCCCGAUGAACAACUACCCAGAAACUUACCCGAAGAAGGACGGGCACGAUACUUUAACUUGAUUGAUUUGGCUGCCAGAGAGCGAAACCUCGCCGCAAAGCCGCCUACCCCUCGAAUCCCUCAAACAGCAUUUGCUCGCCCGGUGUCAAUUGAUUCGUUUUCUCCAGAUAAGCACUCUUCAUCCCGCAAUAAAUCGGAGGGCUCCUACGAUACAUAACACAAGGAACAAGAUGUAUACAUGUGGGCAGAUCAAUACAAGUUGACUCAAUAAGCUAUGUAGUUAUAAGUUCUAAAAUCUAUCUCGAUUUGGAUUGAGCAAACUCAAACCUAAUUCACCCGGUGUGAUCUGAGUUCAGAGACCAGUGACACUUUUUCACAGUCUAGAUCCAUAGUCCAGACAUAAAUUUACCUAAUAAUUAAUCAAAAAAGAGAAUACCCAAUAAAAUUGAGGAUUCCAAAACCCUAUGCCCCAGCGGUAAAUUUUCUGAGAGUGUUGGAGGGUAAGUAAUACUGCAGAUAAUGAC